AUGAUGAAGUUGGCUGCUGUUUGCAUUGUGGUGCUGGCCUUGAUUGGCAGCUUAUGUGAGGCCCAGUUGAGUAAAAGACCCCCAUACUCACCACCUCAAGCGCCUCAAGCGCCUCAAGUGCCUUCACUGCCUCCAGUACAAUCGCCCCAACAGCAACAGCAAGCAUUUGAACCGCCACUCACCUGGAAAUACCCUGCAGAGCCCCCGCCUGAAACCCAGCCUGUUGUGCCAUUCGAACUGAGAUACCCAGUUCCUGCUGCAACUGUUGCUGUCAUGUGCAGAGAGGAUAUAGCUCACGUGGAGGUCAAGAAGGACUUUUUCGGGAUCGGCCAGUUAAUCAGUCCAGCUGACAUCACCCUGGGUCUCUGUGCCCCUACAGGAGAGGACAUCAAUUCUCAAGUGUACAUUUUUGAAGCUGAAUUGCAAGAAUGCGGCAGCGUCUUGGCGAUGACAGAUAUUGCCCUCAUCUACACCUUUGUUUUGAACUACAAUCCAAAACCUCUGGGAAGUGCUCCUGUUGUGAGGACCAACCCAGCUGCAGUUAUUGUGGAGUGCCACUACCCAAGAAACUUCAAUGUGAGCAGCGGUCCCAUUAAUCCCACCUGGGUGCCCUAUUCCCAAGUGAAGAUGGCUGAGGAGUUCUUGUACUUCACUCUGAAACUUAUGACUGAUGACUGGUUGUAUGAGAGACCCAGCCACCAGUAUUUCCUUGGAGAUCUGAUCCGUAUAGAGGCUACCGUCAAGCAGUACUUCCACGUACCACUGCGUGUUUACAUUGACAGAUGUGUGGCUACUCUUACACCUGACGUAACCUCCGUCCCCAACUAUGCCUUCAUUGACAACCACGGGUGUUUCAUUGACGCCAGAGUCACAGGCUCCAAAUCCCAGUUCAUGCAUCGCACUGUUGAGAAUAAACUUGAGUUCCAGUUGGAGGCCUUCAGGUUCGAUGGCGCUGCCACUGGAGAGAUUUACAUUACCUGCAACUUGGUUGCCACAUCCACUUCUCACGCCAUUGACAACGAACAUAGAGCUUGCUCUUACCUUAACUACGCAUGGACAGAGGCCAGUGGAAGUGAUGGAGCUUGUGCCUCCUGUGAGACUGGUAAUUUUGUGGCAUUCACCAUUCCAUCAGUUGUACCAAGCGCCCCAGUUGGUACAGGAACACAUCCAGCAGCUCCCAUCCUCCCACCCUAUUCAUACCCUAAGGGGUCUGUAAGGAAACUGCGCAGUCUGCACGAAACUGAAAUUCCAGAAUGGGAAGGUCAAGUCACUUUGGGUCCUAUUCCCGUUGAAGUGAAGAAGCAAUAAAGGAGGACGGUUUAACAUCAUUUCCUGCUGGUGCCAUGAAAAUAAACAAUUUCAUUGGUUCAUAUCUGUGUGUAUGUCAUGCCCUAUCCUAUUAACUGUUCUUGAGAAUAAAUUCAAAGGUUUAUCAGAGUUCAGAAUCACACAAAUACAAUGAAAACUGCGAGAAACUAGAUAGCUUUUAGAACAAAGAGUGUCUCAAGUUUUGUAAUUGUCUUGCUACAUUCCCCAU